AUGUCUUUUAUAUUCAAGUCGCCGCUCGAUAUAGAGCUUCGUCUUGACGGAGAGGACUCGCGCGAGACGGUAGAACAGAAGGGCAUCAAGGGUCGCAAGGAGAAACUGCCAUUGUACAAGGACGGCGAGACCGUUAAGGGCCAGGUGACCAUACGAACCAGAGACAACAAGAGGGUGGAACACACAGGAAUCAAGAUCCAGCUUCUAGGCACGAUAGAGACCAACAACGACGGCCUAGUGACCGACAAUUUCCUUUCAAUGGCGCACGAGCUCGCCAGUCCCGGCGAACUCAGACAUCCAGAGACGUUUCCGUUCGAGUUUAGAAAUGUCGAGAAACAGUACGAAAGCUACCGCGGCAUAAAUGUGCGUCUGCGGUACUACCUCAAGGUGACUGUUUCGCGCAAGUCGGCAGACGUGAUCAGAGAAAAAGAGCUGUGGGUGUACCAGUACCAGGACCCGCAGAGCGAAGGCUCCGAGAGUUUAGUGCCUACAAGCUCGGUGAAAAUGGAUGUGGGGAUUGAGGAUUGUCUGCACAUUGAGUUUGAGUACUCCAAGAACAAAUACUCGCUAAAAGACGUGAUUGUGGGAAGAAUAUACUUUUUGCUGGUGCGACUCAAAAUCAAGCACAUGGAGCUGUCGCUCAUACGAAGAGAGUCGUGCGGAGCGCCGCCGAACCAGCUGAACGAGAGCGAGACCGUUGUCAAGUUUGAAAUCAUGGACGGAGCCCCUGUCAGAGGAGAGACGAUUCCAAUAAGACUGUUCUUAGGCGGAUUCGACCUGACACCGACGUACAGAGACGUCAAUAAGAAAUUCUCUACAAGGACGUUUCUCAGCCUAGUCCUGAUAGACGAGGAUGCUCGUCGGUACUUUAAACAGAGCGAGAUCAUACUGUAUAGGGAAAAGAACGAAUAA